AUGUAUGUGAAAUGGUUUGAUACAGUAAUGUUUUACUAUGUGAUUUUAGUGUAUUUAGUGAAUGUCACUGUUUGCCAUUUUCAAAUUUUCCACCAGUUCUGACCCCUGUACGUCCCGAUGCUUGCAGGAACCCAGAUAACAGAUUCCGGCAUUCGCCGGAGGACAUUGCCGGGGACGCUGCAGGAGGGACAUCACAGGAGCGCAGGACAACGUAAGACAAGAACAGAUCCCGGAGCAACGCCGCAUGGUAAGCCCGAGUGUAGCUCGGGGUUACCGCUGUUGCUACACUCGGGAAUACCUCCAGGGAGGUUAAGGUAA